UGAAUGGUGGAGCGACGCCCUAUCCCCAGGGCCUGUAAUGUUACGCUGGGCAAAGCAAAACCCAUCCUGCUCCAUUUCUCCUAGAUUGGAUUCAGCAUGGCUGCAGAGGAGGCAGUCGCAAGGCUUCAAGAAGAGCUUUCUUGCUCCAUCUGCUUGGAGUGCUUCAAGGACCCGGUGUCAAUCCACUGUGGGCACAAUUUCUGCCGAGUCUGCAUCACUAGCUACUGGGAGAGCGGGAAGAAGAAAAUGUUCUCGUGCCCACGCUGCCGAGAAAUCAGCCAGAAAAGAAUCCUGAAGCCCAACCUGGAGCUGAAGAACAUUGCAGAAAUUGCCCCCAAGCUGCAGGUAGUCAAAGAAGCAGGGGAGAUGACCUGCAAGAGGCACCAGGAGCCUCUAAAACUCUUCUGUAAGGAAGACCAGAAGCUCAUUUGUGUCGUGUGUGACAAAUCUAAAGAGCAUCAGAACCACAUUGUGCUUCCCCUGGAGGAGGCUACUCAGGAUUACCAGAAACAAAUCCAGAAACAGUUAAAAUCUUUGAAGCAAGAUAAAGACCAGCUCUUGAUUUUUAAGGCAAUUGGCAUUGGAAAGAACAAGGAAUCUCUGAGUAAGAUCAAAUCAGAAAUGCAGAAAGCGGAGUCUAUCUUUGAGCAGGCACAUGAGCUUCUCAGUAAGCAAAAACAAAUCCUGUUGGCCCAGUGGGAAUCACUAAAGACAGCAGCAGAGAAAGAGCAACAGGAACACACCAACAAGCUCUCAGAAAACAUUUCCUGCUUGGACAGCCUCAUCACAGAGGUGGAAGAAAGAUGUCGGAGGCCAACCACUGAGUUUUUACAAGAUAUAAAAAGCACAUUGGUAAGGCUCAAGAAAAGAAAGUUCCAGGAUUUGAUAGAAACUUCUUCUGAACUGGAAGAAAGCCUCAACUCUUUGAUUAGAAAAAAUGUUGUUGUCAAGGACACUUUGCGGAAAAUAAAAGACACUCUGCCAUCGGAAGUUGAGAAAGGUCAACAGAAAUCUCCAGCAGCUCUUGAAACAGCAAAAGAUGUUCUGUCAUUUGGUGUGGCAACAGAAGAGGCUAGUUCACCAGCCAUGAAAAGAAAAAUGGUGUGGCAGGUGAGAAAUAUGAAUGCACGGCGAUACCAGACGGUGGCAGCAUGCUCUACUGGUUCCUCAGAUGUCAGCUUGGGCAGCAGGAUAUUUUUCCCAGCACCUUCAGAGCCUGAUAAAAUGGCUUCAGUGAGAGAUGGUAAGCCCACAGGAAAGCAGCAACAACCAAACAGCAUAAAGAAAAGUCUUUUCCUCAGUGUCCGCUAUCAUAAGGAAGAAGAACACACAGAACUUGAUGGAGACAAUAUUCUGCUUUGUGCCAACAGCAAAAGUGAAAUGAGAAUGUCUGAGAGCACUGCUUUUUACAACUUCAGUCCCCAUUUGCUAGCUGGAAGCGGAAUGCUUAGCGCAACUUUCACUUCUGCGGGGAGGGUGUUUGUGGAGAGCUGUGGCUGGCGGCUCUGCAGAAAGUUAAAAGGGUUUUGUGCCGCUAGCCUGGAGGAUUGUAGAAGCCUGCUGUCCGCAAGCAGGGGGUGCCCAGGUUGUGUUGCUCGGAAUAUGGGGGAGACGAAGGAAAACCUGUCCCGUCUCCAGUGGGGGACAGAGAGGAGGUGGAGGAGAAGGAGCAGCAGCAGCGGGGCAACUACUGCGAAGAAAAGGACACCGCUGAUGAGACGGCUGAGCCUUCAGCUCCCUGGGUCGAGGGUGAGGAUGAUGUGUGAGAAACACCAAGAACCUCUAAAAGUCUUCUGCAAGGAAGACCGCGCCCUCCUCUGCCUGGUCUGUGACAAAUCCAGGCAGCAUAGAACUCACACGGUUCUUCCCUUGGAAGAGGCAGCGCAGGAAUACAAGAAUGAAAUCCAUGUGUGCCUACAGACUCUGAAAACUGAAAGACAGGCUGCCCAAAACUGUAAAGCGAAGCUACAGAAAUGUUCUGCAAAGUAUUUGGAAGAGAUAAAGAUUGAAAGACAGAAAAUUUUAAGGGAGUUCCAGAAGCUCCACCAGUUUCUUGUGAAGCAGGAGAGCCUUCUCCUUGCUCAGCUGGGAGAACUAGAGAAGGAGGUGGAGAAGGCACAGAAGGAAAACGAUGCCAAACUCUGCUACACUGUCUCCCGUCUUGGUGACUUUAUUGGAGAUUUAGAGGAGGGUUGCCAACAGUCGGCCAGUGAAUUUCUGCAGGAUAUAAACAAAUCCUUAAGCCGGUGUGAAAAAGGGAACUGCUUUCAGCCCCUGGUGAAGUUUCCUAACCUGGAGAAGCUCAACACAAUCUCCCAGAAAAAUAUUGCUCUAAUGGAAAGCAUACAGAAAUUCAAAGAAACACUGGCUACUGAACUGAAGAAAGAAAGAAUACCAUGCCUAACUACUGUGUGGAGUGGAAGAGCAGAUCAGCCACAAAUCCUUUGGCCGUUGAUGUUUAGAGAUGUACAGGGAACCAGCACAAAAGAGAAUGUGACUCUGGAUCCAUGGACAGCCAACCCGAAACUCAUCAUCUCCCGGGAUCGAAAGACAGUGAGGCAUGGAAAACAAUUGCAGGCCCUGCCUGACAGCCCAGAGAGAUUUGACUCCGAGCCUUUUGUGUUGGGCCGUGAGGGAUUCACUUCAGGGAAACACUGCUGGGUGGUCAGCGUGGAGGCAGGGCAGAGCUGGGCAGUUGGCAUUGCCAGAGCAUCAGUAAAGAGGAAAGGUUACAUCAGCCUCAGCCCUGAGCAAGGCAUCUGGGCUGUGGAGCAGUGCUGGGGACAGUUCCAAGCACUGACCUCCCACUGGACUCCCUUGUACCUGUGCAGGAAACCCAGGAGGAUCCAGGUGUCUCUAAACUAUGAGAGAGGUCAGGUGGUAUUUUCUGAUGCUGAUCUGGACAUCCCAGUCUUUGCUUUCCCUCCAGUCUCCUUCAGGCAAGAGAAAAUCUACCCUUGGCUCUGGGUGGGGCCAGGAUCUCAGCUUUGCUUGUGACUCAAAAGGCUGCUUCUACAUAAAUGAUGUGGGGGUGAUUCCUUUGUUCUUCACCACUGUGACAGAAGAACACACAUUUUUCUUUUUUCUCAGCCAAAAUAUCUAGAGCCUAAUCUCUGUUGCAAACUGCAGGGUGAUGGACUACUCAAAACCAGACUUUGUAGAAGCAGUUCCCUGAGACAACACGUUUGUACUAAAUAAUUUGAACCAAUUUCCUGUAACUCCCUCCUCUUUGUUUUGUGUUAUUUUCAGUAAUGCCCCCGGAAAUCUCAGAAGCUGCACCUCAAGUAAUUUGCUUCAACUGAGUAAGCUUCUGCUGUACAUAACUGCUUUUGAGUUGCACAAGGUAAAACUCUCUCUCUCAAAAAAAGGAAAAGUGGAUUUUGUUUGUUUACGAAGUCAAAAGCAGUGUAAUGUAAUAAAGUUGUCUUUGGUUUGCAG